AUGUUCCCUCGUAUUGUUGCCCGCUCCGCCAGCUCGCGUCUCGCGACCACCGCCUUCCGCCGGUUCGAAUCUACCACAGCCAAGGCGGCCGAGUCUGCGGUCUCCUCGCGCCCCGCUGCCUCUGCGCCCAAGAAGAAGCGCGCUAUUGGCGGGUUCCGCGGCGGCGUUGUCGGCUUCCUUCUGGGAGCCACAACCGCUGGUGCGUUCGGAUUCGUGUACUUGAUUGAGGAGUACCAGAAGGCUACGAGUCUUGUGCUGAGCUCGGUGGAUGAGCUGGAGAAGUCAUCGCUGAAGGUCAAGGAGUAUGUGAAGAAGAUUGAGGCAGUGGAGGCGGAUCUGGCGAAGCUGCGGGCAUCGAGUGCCACUACACAGCAGGUUGCGCAGCUGAAGGCUGACUGGCGCAAGCAGAACGAUAUUCUGGCGCGCGAUCACCUCGAGCUGAAGGCCCACGUGUGGGAGAUCGAGCAGGACGUUGACACUGCCCUUGGCCGGUCAUCGUCGAAAAAGAACUAGAGUCUGGCAUGGUGCUUCAAAUAUAGCGACACUUUCUUUACAUCUGUUUGUUGCUCAACAUGAAAGAGAUGCGGU